ACUAUGAACUGGAGAUGUUUACUCUGUUGCAUCUCUCAAGAAAAAGAAGAGAUCAGGGUGAAAAAGAGCAGGGAUUACCCCUGGGAAAUAUACUCUAUCAAGGAGCUUCUGCACGCAACAAACAACUUCCACAACGAUAACAAGAUUGGCGAAGGCGGAUUUGGAAGCGUAUACAGGGGCCAUACAAGUAAAGGCGUCGAGAUAGCAGUAAAACGCCUCAAGGCGAUGAGUGCGAAGGCAGAGAUGGAAUUCGCGGUGGAAGUGGAGAUUCUUGGGAGAGUAAGGCACAAGAAUUUGUUAGGUUUGAGAGGGUUUUACGCCGGAGACGAUGAAAGAUUAAUAGUGUAUGAUUUCAUGCCUAACCAUAGCUUGAUCACUCAUCUGCAUGGCCAACUCGCCGCCGAUUGCUUACUAGAUUGGCCGCGUAGAAUGAGCAUAGCCAUCGGUUCAGCCGAAGGUCUAGCGUACUUGCAUCAUGAGGUCCAUCCUCACAUAAUACACAGAGAUAUAAAGGCCAGCAACGUUCUUCUAGAUGCAAACUUUGAAGCAAAAGUUGCUGAUUUUGGCUUUGCAAAGCUGAUACCAGAUGGUGUUACGCAUUUGACAACUAGGGUCAAGGGAACUCUGGGGUAUUUGGCCCCCGAAUAUGCAAUGUGGGGGAAAGUUUCCGAAAGUUGUGAUGUGUAUAGCUUUGGCAUUUUGCUUCUAGAGAUCAUUAGCGCCAGAAAACCAUUGGAGAAACUCCCUAGUGGUGUGAAGCGUGACAUAGUGCAAUGGGUCACCCCAUAUGUUCAAAAAGGUGCAUUUGAUCAUAUUGCAGAUCCCAGGUUGAAAGGAAAAUUCGAUCGAGCUCAGCUUAAAUCCGCAGUGACGAUUGCGAUGAAAUGCACGGAUAGCAAUCCGGAGAAUCGGCCUAGCAUGUUAGAAGUGGUGGAGUGGCUUAAGGGUGGUGUAGGGAGAAUAAGAAAAGAGGUGACCAACAUUGAAUACAUGCUUGAAGAAGAAGAAGACAAUGAUGACACUGAUACCCAUUUUGAGGGGUUUAGGAUGGCACAAUCUGAUACCAGAAGAAAAUGGGCACGUUCAAAAAGGAUUUGA